UGCGCGAGACUUCCUUUCUUGAUUACCCAUUUUAUUCCGAAUCUCACUAUAAGAUACUCCCAAUAAUAGAUACACCUCUACUUAAUGAACUUCUUUUUAAUUUGGCUGAACACUGGGAAGGGCCGUCUAAAUUUUACUCUCUAUUUAAUAGACAUUUCAUUAUUAGGCACACCUCUUUAUAGGAUACUCCCAAUAAUAGAUACACCUCUAUUUAAUGGAUUUUUUUAAAUUUGGUUUAUCAGUGGGUGGUUAUUACAAGAUACCUCUUUAUAGGAUACUCUCAAUAUUGGAUACACCUCGUUUUAAGCUAAAUUUUCUUAAACUCGUUUAUCCACUGGAUGAUGGAGCUGCCCAAACGAUACCCUCUAUUUAAGAUACGCCUCAUUAUAAGAGACAAUUUUUUAACCUCGAGGGCGUAUCUUAUAGUGAGUUUUAAUUGUUGCUUUUUUCAAUUAAAAAAUUUAUUUUUUAGUGAUAAGAAAUUUUUUGAUAAAAAAUCAAUAAACUUAUAUAAUUUUCAACAAUAACGACAUCAAUAAACAACCAUUUCCCUUAUAAUUUAAUUAAUAAUUUUUCCAAAUCCAACAUUUCCAAACUGUUAGAAGAAAGGCCCAGUUCAAAUGGGCCCCACCAACAAAAUUUACAAAAAGCACACCAAAAACAACAAAAAAUGGUUAAUAUUACAACAAAAGAAACAGAAGAGGAAAUUGAAAAAUCUUCUUUUGAGGCAACAGAAAAAGUUGUUGUUUCAAGUGGAGAGAUGAGUUUUGAGGCUGUUCCGUGUAUGUUUAAAAGCCGUCAAGAGGAUGGGGCGGAAGGAUCUCUUUUUGGGCUUUUAAUUAGACCUGCUACUAUUGCCUCAACUAGUACAACAACAACAGAGCUUAAUAAUACAAUUUUAAUUAAUAAUGGGGUAGUGAACAAUGAUAGCGGGAAGGAUAUGUUGGUGGCUACAAGUGGGAAUGUGGCUAUUGAAGGGAAUCCAUCAUCCUCAACAAUUUCUACAAAUCAGCCCAGCAUAAUGCAAGUUUUACCAGCUUGUACUAACAACGCCAAUUCAAUAAGAGUUAACCAACAACAAAUGACUUCUUCCGUUAUUAUAGCUUCCAAAAUGCUUCAAUUCCAACAACCAAAGGGCAGACUAAUCCCUUCUGCUUCCUUCCCUCUUUUGCCCGCACCUUCUGGAGUCCCUCCAAUUUUGCCUAAAACAUCAAAACAUCACCACCACCAACAAAAAAAGCUUAAGAAUUUAUUACUUAAAUCUUCCCCAAAAGUCAUUCCAAUACAACCGAAAAUAGCAAAAACAUCUUUAUCGACUUUAACUAAAACUACAACGUUUAAUAAAAGUGAUGGGUGUUGUAGUAGUAAUAAUAUUAAUUCUUUACGUCCUGAAAUGUUUGCUGCUUCUUUACAUGCCCACCAAAUCCCCUCAACUAGCCAAUUCCAACAACAAACAGCAACAACAAAUAAUUUAAGUAUUUCUACCUCUCCAAAUAUUUGCCAAACUUCUCUAGAUGCCCCCCAACAACAGCAACUUGUUCCUUCCGGUCUUUUAUCAAUUAAUUUAUCUCCUUCCCAAAAAUCGGCAACAAUUACUAGCAAAAAGUGUCAAAAACAACAAAAAACCCCAAUAAAAGAAAAUAAAAAGGGGGAAGAAAAAAGUUCUUCUUCUUCCUCCCCUAUACCCCAAACACCUCCAAAUAAACUUAAAAAACAUCAAAAACGAAAUAAUAAAAAAAUUAAACAAUUAAAUCAGCAAAGUAAUUCGGAAGUGAUGCUUGGGGAGGAUUUACACGAAAUUGAUCUUUCUCAGCUAGUUAAUUCGACUGUUAUUACUACUGAGGACUAUUUACCUAGGUAUUGAAUUUUUGCAAAGUAAAGGUCGAAUCUCAUUAUGAGAGCCUCUUAAAAUUUUUUUAUCUGAGUUCAAGAUACCCCAAACCUCAGAGCCCUACCCAGAGACCGAAGACUCCAGAGACCUGGACCCCGGAGUCCUAGAGCCUCUUUUCAAGCAUAUCAUUUUAAGUACACUCAAUAU